AUGGCGGCAGAUCGGCCUACGUGCCCUCCCCCGGUGCUGCUGCUGUCGGCCGCCGUGGCUCUACUGCUCUCCCAUUACAUGCUCGAUGUGGCUUCCCAAGUGCCCGACCCAGAGCUUUUACCCACAGAUCCUCCUCCAAAACCAGAUCCCAUCACAUCAGAGACCGUUGUGUUCUGGGGUCUACGGCUAUGGCAGGUCGUGGGAAUCUUUUCCAUGUUCAUCCUUGCCAUUGUGAUCACACUCUGCUGCAUCUUCAAAUGUCGAAUUCCCCGCACGAAAAAAGAGAUUGAAGCGCGUCAUGCUCAAAGACUAGCAGCGAAGUCCUAUGCCAAUACACUGGAGACAGUCCCGCCACUCAGCGAGCUCACAGAGAUUCCAGGCACGGCAAAAGUUGAAGAAAAAAAAGAAGUGCCCACAGUGGCUGGAAAAGUGGACGGAGAAAAGGGGGAGAAGAAAAAGGGGAAAGGGAAAGAGGAGAAAGAGGGGAAAGAGGGAAAAGAGGGGAAAGCUGCAAAAGAAGGGAAGGGUGAAGAAAAAGAAGAAACUGGCAAGAAAAAAGGUGAUAAAUCUGCAAAGAAAGAAGGUGGAGAUGAAGGGAAAGGAAAGAAAUCUGGUGAGAAGGGAGAGAAAGGGGCCGAGGGGAAGGGCGGGGCUAAGGGCGGAGCCAAAAAAUCAGCUGCAAAAAAGUGA